AUGUCCAUGCGGACUCUUCCUCUCCUUUUCAUUAACCUUGGUGGAGAAAUGCUCUACAUCCUGGACCAGCGCCUUCAAGCCCAGAAUGUCCCAACUGAAAAAACCAGCAAAGCUGACUGGACUGGGGAAGAAAGAAGACAAGUCAUGAAUGAUAUCAUCUGCACUUUGUUCAGCAAACCUUUCAUGGAGGAGCUCUUUAAGCCCCAGGAUAUGUACUCCAAGAGAACGCAGCGGGCAGUGCUCAUACGGCUCGCCCAUUCCUCCAUCAUGAGGCUGAACCAGGCCAGCAUGGACAAGCUCUAUGACCUGAUGACCAUGGCCUUCAAAUACCAGGUUCUGCUCUGCCCUCGACCCAGAGACCUGCUGCUUGUGACCUUCAACCACAUGGAUGCCAUUCGAGCGUUUGUGAGCGACACUCCUGCCAUCCUGAACCAGGUUGAGGAGACAUAUCAGCAGCUCAUUAAGGUGUACACACCACUGUCAGAUGGAGAGUUCCAGCUCCUGAGACAGACGCUGCUCAUGUGUUUUCAGGACUUGCAAAUCCGGGUCUCAGCAUUUCUGAAAGACAAAGUGCAGACCUGCAGUGGACGCUUUGUUCUGCCCCUGGGGGGCCCUGUCCCCUGUGGCUCAGAGGUCCCGGGACUCAUCAGGCUCUUUGUCAGGUGUCCAGGGGAGGCGUGUCGUGGGCAGGAGGUGUGUCACCUCUUCCCCAGUGGAGGCGCCUACUGCGGUGCGCUCCCCGAGGGCUCGUUCCACAUGUCUGGGGACAGAGUUAUCACCCUGGGCACAAAUAUGUACAGCGAGAGUCGACCAGUGCAGACACAAGUGUCAGAGAGCCAAAACUUUGGCCAGCACACAAAGAUGAGCAUCGCUCCAAACCUGCUGGCCAAGGAGGAGCUGACGCUGUUGUCCCACCUGUUAGGAAGCCUGGAAAACCAGGACCCUGACAAGACCAGAACUUUUUAUCGGGUCAACUUGUUCACCGUGGACAUGGAGGAAGAGCAGUUGGAGGAGCUUUCAUUCCAAGUCCUGAACAUUCAGGCUGCAAAGGAUCAACAGGCUGAAGAAGAGUUAGCACGAAUCGUGGGGGAGUUCACAGAAAAAGGAGAGCCAUCGUCGAGUCCCCGGAGCAAGGGGGAUGACCUGCUGACCUUGAUGGAUGAGCUCCAGUGA